AAUAUGAGGGAGUGGGAGCGAGCGAGGGACGGUGGAGGUGGAAAAGCUGGAAGGAGGAAAGAUAAAGAUCAGAGCUGGAUUCCUAAGAUCAUCAGGAAGCGAGUAUGCACCACUUUUGUGGAAAACUCUUCCAGUAAUGGAACAUUGUGUCAAUGUGGUGGUGUGCGGGAGGGGCACAUCUCUGUGGCAACUGAAGACAACUUUGGAACAGCUGUUGUCACCAAGUGGGACAGCAAACAUCACACUUCAGAGUAUCCCACUGACGCCUUUGGAAAGGUGGAGUUUGCCGGUGCUGGACGCAAACAGAGUCCUUUUCUGCGGCUGUCAUAUAGCACACCACCUCAGGUUGUCUAUAACCUGAUGACGGGUCAAUGGGGCCUACCCAUACCCAACUUGGUAGUAUCGGUGGCAGGGGGUGAAAGCCAUGAGAAGAUGAAAACAUGGGUGAGAGAUAUCCUGAGAAAUGGGCUGGUUAAGGCUGCUCAGAGCACAGGGGCCUGGAUCUUGACAGGCGGUCUGAGAGAGGGUGUGUCCCUCUGUGUGGGCGAGGCAGUGAGGGACCACAGGGCUGCAGCUCCAGCUCUGUCCCAGAAGAAAGUGACUGCUGUGGGACUGGCACCGUGGGGUAGGGUGCACAACAAUCAGCAGCUUGUCAAUGCCAAGGGGAGUUUCCCAGCUCAUUACUACAUGACAUCACAUGACUCAUGCUGCCUAGACAACAACAACCAGGCUUUCCUUCUGGUGGAUGACGGGAGUGUUGACUGCCAACAGGGAAUCCCCAGCUUUUGUGCUAAACUAGAGGACUACAUUUCCAAUCAGCGCACUGGCAUUUGUGGUAGUGGCAGUAUUGAAAUACCAGUGCUGUGCAUACUCGUUUCAGGAGACGCCAAUAUAUUGGAGAGAAUUGAUGCAUCUCUGAAGAAAGCUCUUCCCUGGCUGGUUGUUGCUGGCUCUGGUCCAGCUGCAGACCUCAUCAGUGAGCUGCUGGACCCUUCCCAUAAUUCCACCUCUGCUACACCAGAGGUGGAGGCUGUACAGGGUCACAGCCCAGAGCAACGUGACAGGAUCUGUGACAAGAUCAAGAAACACUUCCCAGAUGAAGCUGAAUUUGAGAAACUAGUGGACAGAGUUCUAAGUAUUUAUCAGAGCAAAGAGCUCAUCACUGUCUUCCACGGGGAGCAGGAGGGUUCUGAUGAUUUUGAUACAGUCAUCCUCAGGACCCUUGUGACAGCUUGUAAACGUGUCUCGAAUGAUGCCAGGGAGUACAUUGAUGAGCUGAAACUGGCCGUGGCCUGGAACCGUGUAGACAUUGCCAAAACUGAGCUCUUCAAUGGAGACGUAAAGUGGAAGUAUGAGGACCUUGAAGACGCCAUGACAGAUGCACUGAUCAAUGACAAGCCCCAAUUUGUGCGUCUCUUUUGUGAGAAUGGUCUGAAUAUCCUGGACUACCUGACAUACCGGCGCUUGGAACACUUGUACUGCUCGCUGUCAGACAGCUCAGCAGCCUACAUUUUACUCCAGAGGUAUCUGACCGAGAGGCAAAGCCGGGCUGGAUCCCUGUCCAGCCUGGAUGGGGCUGUGGCAGAACCUCUGACGAGUUCCCCAAAUGCACUAACGGGACCUGAAUCAGUUAUGAAGCUCAGUCUAUUUGAGGUAUCCCGCCUGCUGUCUCACCUGUUGGAUGAUGUCUGUCACCCUUUCUAUUAUAAACCUUUGGGCUUACACAACAGGACCAGAACCAGGAAAGCUGUCGAGCAUGUCAAUAAGAUGCUGUCGAAGGAGUGCACUUACCGGGACCAGCACUGCGAAACAGCCUGGCCAGCCCUCUUCAUCUGGGCUCUCCUGCAGAACCGCAUGGAGAUGGCUAUUUACUUCUGGGAGAUGGUAGGGGAGUCAGUGCUGAGUGCUCUGGUUGCCUGUAAAAUACUGAGGGAGCUUUCUAAGCAUGACACUGACAAUGAGAACAAGAGAGCCAUGAAGGAACUGGCACUGAAGUUUGAGAACCUUGCACACGAUGUGUUCAGUGGGUGUCACGAGAACAGUGAGCCUCGCUCCUUCACUGUCCUUAUCAGGAAGUCUAAAGUGUGGGGCGGAGCUACGUGUCUGCAGAUGGCCACUGCAGCUGAUGCCCUCCUCUUCUUCAGCCAUAAUGGUGUUCAGGCUCUGCUGUCUCAGAUCUGGUGGGGUGACAUGAAGAUGAAUACUAAAGUCUGGAAACUGGUUCUCACCUUCUUCCUGCCCCCCCUCGUCUACACAGAUUUGAUCAGCUUCAGAGAACAAGAGGAGGAGAUUAAGUCUGUGGGGAGGCAACGCAAAGACACUGAGAGUCUGGAUGGGAAUGAUGCCAAUGACUUCCACCUUUCUGACAUUAUACACAGUGACGAAGAAGCUGAAGAGUCCAGGACUUUAAAACAAAGCGUGAAAGGCUCUUUGCCAUCCAACAAGAAGAGACACUUUAUUAGGUCACGGUGGAGGGAGUUCUGGUUCGCCCCUGUCACCUCAUUCCUUGGCAAUGUGCUGAUGUACUUCCUCUUCCUCUGCCUGUUUGCCUAUGUUCUGUUGGUAAACUUCAAGCCCCCGCCCCCUCAAGGUCCCUCCAGCAUGGAGUUUGUGCUUUACUUUUGGGUUUUCACCUUAGCCUGUGAAGAGAUUCGCCAGACCUUCUUUGUGGGCACCACCUUUAUGCAGAGGAUAAGGAACUACAUCCAGGACGACUGGAACAAGUUUGACCUCACAGCCAUCUCUCUCUUCACUUUGGGUCUGUGCUGCAGAAUGUUUCCCUGGUCAUAUGAGUUUGGCAGAGCCGUGAUGGCCAUAGAUUUUCUGGUCUUCACACUACGUCUCAUCCAUAUCUUUGCUGUCCACAGACAGCUUGGGCCCAAGAUGAUCAUUGUUCGCAGAAUGCUGAAGGAUGUUUUCCUCUUCCUCUUUUUUCUGGUGGUGUGGCUUGUGGCCUAUGGAGUGGCAAAUCAGGCGCUCCUCUACAAGUACGAUCCCCGCCCUCUAUGGAUAUUCCGCCGAGUGUUCUACAGACCAUACUUGCAAAUUUUUGGGCACAUAGCAACACAUGAAAUGGAUGCUCAUAAACUGGGAGACAUGAGCUGUACAGACAACAUCACACUAAUUGAAGCAGGAGAGGAACCCUGUGUGAACAUCUAUGCCAACUGGCUGGUUAUCCUUCUCCUUGUCAUCUUCCUGCUGGGUACCAACAUAGUACUGCUCAACCUACUCAUUGCUAUGUUCAGCUACACCUUCUCCAAAGUGCAGGAGCAAAGUGACAUCUACUGGAAGUUUCAGCGUUACAACCUGAUUGUGGAGUACCAUUCAAGGCCCUGCCUGGCACCGCCCUUCAUCUUCAUCUCACACGUCCACCUUUUGAUCAAGAGAUAUAUUUGCCGCAUCCCUUCAGCCAAGACAAAACACUUUGUUCUAGAGCUACCUGAUAUAAAGGCCAGCAGCCUCAGCGCAUGGGAGGCAAUCCAAAAAGAAAUCCUCCUUUUGGCUCAGAAUAAGUAUCAGAGGGAGACUGACACAGCGCGUCUUAAACGUACAUCUGUCAAGGUAGACAGUGUGCUAAAGCAGAUGGCAGAGAUUCGGGACCAUGACCGAAGGUUGCGGCUGCUGGAGACAGAGGUGGAAUACUGCUGCAGCGCUCUCACCUGGAUAACAAAUGCUCUGUCUGAGAGUAAUCUGAUAAAGGCCAGCUGCCCCCCUCCAGUGCUCAAAGAUGUGACCGCACUGUCUCCACACUGACCUUCUGAACUCCAUGAUUACACAGACGCACACUGUGCACACACACACUGUUUACUCUGGGCUACUUUUUUAGGAGUAUUUUAAUUAAGACUGUUGUGUAAAAAAGAAUAUUUUAUAUACAUUUUUUGCAGUAGUGCACUGCUGUCUGCUAAAGUGCCUUUUGAUCCUACCACUUGGAGUCACCAAAGAAAUGUUCAGAUCUUGCUCACAUUGGCCUCUUUCAUUGUAGGAACUGAAGGACCCGUAAUGGAUCUGUAGCACUUGUCCCAGGUUCUGGUUUUGUUUCCACUGUCCUUUGCCCACUUUGAAAACGAGUUCCUGGGACAAGGUUUUGGCACCCGACAGGAGGUAGUACUAAUUCAAGAUCCAGGUACUCGAAUGGAGAGUGGGUGCAUCGUUUGGAGGGCUGUAGCCCAUGGCUUGUGAAAUCUGUGUUGUCAAAUCUCAAGUGUGUUAUAAGCAUGGUAUGUGAACAUGGUCGCAAGAAAAAGUAAUGGCACGAGAAACUGCAAACAGUGCCCUUACUUUUUCUUGCGACUGUAAGCUCAUACUGGCUUGGAGAUAAAUUGGGUACUUAACUUAUUCAUUUUGAAGUAAAACAGACUUCAGGGAGUUUACUGUGGGCAAACGCUGAAGAUGUUACAUUUCUGCAAGUCUGUGUUUUGCAGCUGUUCUUUAUUACUGCUAGAUUUUGUAACACUGUGAUUGAGCAUUGUGGUCGGUGAUACGACGUUUUUUGCACAGUGAACAGUGAUGAACACAGGGAAACAACCCCAGGUUUUGCUGGGUUAAGUCUUAUUCAUGCUCCAGUGUGGAAAUCCAUUAACAGAUGUUUUAAAUGUCUGAGCUAUGAGACGGAUGUGACCAGAGAGUCACUUGUUAUAAUCUCAGUUAAAUUGAUUAAGUAAGACAACAUUUAUAUGAUAAAGUACUGUUCAGAACCUUUUCAGGGGAGUAUAAUUUGCACUCGUUAAAGCUGCACUAAUUAAUAUCCUAUGCUGUAUAAACUUUAUAUACUAUAAUGUGAAUGGGGCCCUCAUAAUAACAAGGAAAAACCAGCGCUUCAGUUUCACUCUGCUGUACAGAGCUUUUUCCAUCUUGUAGCUUGUUGUUUUGGGUUCUUGUCCACAAUCUUACUACUCAGCCUCAUUUCCAGUAGCACCGGACAGCUGUUCCAGUGAAAAUAUAGCCACUCUACACUCCCUGUUUAGCAGCAAACAGAGAGAGUCGGAGGCUAAACAUAGUGUAACAUUAAACAAAAAUAUUUCACUCAGGAUUUGGUAGAGACAAAAAAAAGAGUGAAUAUUGGACCUAAAUUAAUUGGGUAGACACAAAUACCACUCAAAGUCAAUAGUCAUGUUACGCUCUAAUUGCUAGUUUCCUUGUUUUUUUUUUUGUUGUUUUUUUUUUCAUAUGACAGGGUGGCUAAGUAAAAGAUUUUAAUGAGGUGUGGAGUUUCGCCUGCACCACUUCAUUUAAAAAGUGCACUGGGGCUGGAUCUGCUUGCAAAAAGCGCUAAAAUAUGCCCAUGGUUUUGUCCAAAAUCCCUCCCUCCUUCACUCAGUCACUUCUCGCUACAUAACAGUCAGUAAACACCCUAGUGAGCAACACUACUUGUCACCUUGCAUUGCCACUGGCAGUUAGUCGAGAGUGAGUUCAGACACUGCUCAGAUCUUUGUUAUACCAAUUUCUGUCAAACAAGGACUUAACAGUCAGUUGCUAAGCUUGCUGACAAGUACAGCUGCACUCCCUGUAGCUGAUUUCCAAUAAAAACUGUCUAUCAAGAAGCUCUGAAGUAGCAGCAGAAAAUCUUCCACUUAAUUAGCAGCAGCUUAGCAAUGCAAUUCCAGAUGCAGUUUAAGCUACCAAAAAAAAAAAAAAAAAAUUGGUCAGUACAUGCGUGAAAAAGACAGCUCAGAUGUGAUGAUGUCACUUUGCACAAAAACUGCUACAGUCACUGAAAUAAGAGUCUGGACAUAACACUCAGCUUCUGUCAUCUGUGCAUUCACAUGGAAUAACAUUUUUAAAAACUUCUAAAAAUCCCUCAGAGGGGGUGGUGGUGGUGGGAAUGUCUUAGAGAACUUCAUAUCUUAUUUAGUAAAAUAGCAGGUCACUGUUUAGAGGUGUGAUAUUUUUCUGUUGCGGGUUGUGAUUUGUAUAUUUUUGCUUUUUCUUUUUAAACCAAUACAUCUGUUUUUAUGAUAGUGACCUAGUCAAAGAUUUUUUUUUUAUUGUCAAUUCACUAUAUGUGCAGGGCAUACAGAAAAUUUAAAU